UGCUGUUUCUCUAUAAUCUAAAUUAGAUAAAGCUCAAAGUUCAGAGUUGUUUUUGACAUGUGCUGUGCCUUAUUCCUUGAAGGCUUCAAUCAACGUGCCCACUUCCUGUGAUAAAUUUUGUCAUGCAUCUCCAACCGCCAACAAGAAAGUCUGAUGAUCGUCUUUAAUGAACGAUGGAGUCCAAUUCUUCCUGUAAAUCUGUCAAUUUUGAUUUCACGCACACCUUUUUGCCCGCAGUCUAUGUGACUGUUUUCAUUCUUGGAGUUAUUGGCAACUGUUUGGGGCUGAAAUCUAUGUAUUAUAACUGGAGGAAAAUUGGUAAUGUUAAUAUCUUUGUGCUCAACCUUUGCCUGGCGGACAUUUUAUAUCUUUUAACCUUGCCAUAUUUGGUGGUUUACUACGCUUCCAGCAGCAAAUGGAUAUUUGGAGCUGUUUUCUGCAAGAUUUUAAGAUUGUGUUUCUGCAUCAACCUGUACGGCAGCAUUGGUUUCCUCACAUGCAUCAGCGUUUACAGGUACCUCGGCAUCGUUCACACUUUGAGGGUUAACGGCAGAAUUACAGCGAGACACUCUGUAGCGAUUGCUUUGCUGGUGUGGGUUUUGGUUUUUCUUCAGUGCCUGCCUGAUAUGUUCUUUGACAAAACCAACACCAACGUAACAUCAUGUUUUGACACAACUUCAGACAAGUACAUUGGGGAAUACCUGAACUACAGCAUCGGAAGGACGGUUGUUGGAUUCGGGAUCCCUUUGUUAAUAAUGAUAUGCUGCUACGGACAUGUGGCGUUUACUCUGAUGACAAAGAAAGGCAUCGAUGUGAUCUUGAAGCUGAGGUGUCUCAGUGAUGAAUUGCUGAUGAGGUGUUUCGUAAAGUGCAGACGAGCCCGCCAAUCUGCUGCCGUCUCUCUUGUGGCAGACUGUCCCUGACAGAAGCAAACUCUCAACAGCAUGGCAAUGAAUUAGAGAUAAAUGGAGAUUCUUUGUUGUGUGAUGACAGGACGUGACUGUUCAUCGAGAGUGAAUGAAUGAAACGAUUCUUAUCUUGUUCAUCUUUAUGAAAGUUGGUUAUUUGGGGUCCCACUCUGUUAUGCCACAGAGCAUCUUUUGAAAGGAUAUGGUCUCAUGCCUCACUGUAUUCUGAAAAACAGAAGUGAGUUUGUUCUUAUUGUGUUUCAACUUUCAACCAUCAAGGUCAUUUUAUGGCAUAAUAGCUAAAUGUGGUGUAUUUUUAUGUGGCUUGCAAUGCUUAUAGUUUUACACAUUGAAUGACUGAAAAUACAUUUUUGCUUUUUAUGUUUGCAUGCAUACAUACAGAACUUCACAGAUUGUUGAGUUGGAUAAUGUACAUUGAUAUCACAGUAGUGCUCUAGUAACACUACUAAAACAAACACAAAGUGACCUAAUGGUUUUUAUUACACAGGAUUACACAAAUGAACAGUGUUAUAAUAUCCACAUUAAGAUAUGACACACCAAGCAAUCUUAUAUGACUGCCAUGUGGUAAAGUAAAAGCAAAACUGAAAGAUCCGAACUUUCUUCAAGACUGACAAGAUGGAGGUGGAUGGAUGGAUAGAUAGAUAGACUUGCAUCCCAAUACAUGAAGAUAUAUAUUAUAUACAAACAAGAUGGAGAUAUUUGAACUAAAUAUCAUGAAGAAAUGUUACCUUUCCUUUGUAUGAUGGAUUUUGGUAUUGUGUUUUGUCUCUGCUUGAUGGCUAACAUAAAAAACUGUUCUCUAAAGAAGAAAAAAAGAAAAUAAAUUCUUUAUUAUCCCCAUUACUUUAACACAGAUUGUAAAUAUAUAUUAUGUUUUUAUAUAUUUGUUUAUAUUCUUUUUUUUUAACAUUGUCAAAGCAAUAAAUUUUGAGGAAACGCUUGUGUCACUGUGUCAUUGUUG